AUGUUCCAAAUCACGGUCAGCGACCCCACCAAGAUCGGGGACCCGGUGCGAGGACAUGUCGUGUACACGGUGCGCACGAAGACGACCUCGCCGCACUACCGUCGCGGCGACUUCUCCGUGCUGCGUCGCUUCUCUGACUUCCUCUGGCUGUACGAGCAGCUCACGGCGAACAACCCAGGCGUCAUCGUCCCACCAGUGCCGGACAAGCACGCAUUUGGCCGCUUUCAGGAGCAGUUCAUCGAGACGCGUCGUGCGGCACUACAGCGCUGCCUCACGAAAAUCACAGCGCACCCCAUACUCCAGCUGGACCCAGACCUCCGUCUGUUCCUUGAGAGCGACAGCUUCGCUUCUGACAUCAAGAACCGUCGCGUGGCACCAGAGACGUCCACGUCCUCCGGCGGGCUGCUGAGCUCAUGGACGGGGCCGCGGUACGUCGAGCAGGACGAGUGGUUCGACCAGCGUAAAGCGUAUUUGGACCACCUGGAGGGACACCUGAAGAGCCUCUCGAAGAGCCUGGACAUCGCGAGCAAGGCGCGCCUCGACAUGGCGGCGGCUGUAGGCGAUGUCGCUGAGGCUGCACAGACGCUCGCAGACUCCGAGCUGGGCGCGGCGAUGUGUGCCGCGCUCGGCCGGCUCGCGGACCUGGCGCGGCGCGAGAAGAGCGCGGGCGAGGCACAAGCGACGGCGGAUGUCUCGCAGCUGUUGAACCUGUCGGACGAGUAUGUCCGAUUCAUCGGGAGCGUGCGCCUGGCGUUCGCAAGUCGCGUGCGCGCGUAUCAUGCCUGGCAGGCGGCGUUGAAGGAGGUGACACGCGUGCGACAGGUGCGCGACAAGGCGCGGCUGCAGGGCCGCCCGGCUGGCCCGGGAGGUAUUUCGAUGGCCGAGCAGGUCGAGGCGGAGCGGCGGAUGACAGAGACGAGCAACGACUUCGAGGCGCAGAGCAAGCUCGUCAAGGCCGAGUUUGCGCGCUUCGAGCGCGAGCGCGUCGACGAGUUCCGCCGCACACUGAGCGCGAACCUCGACGGGCAGAUUGCGCGGCAGCGCGACCUCGUCACCGCGUGGGAGGACUACCAUGCCAUGCUGCUCAAGAUGGUGCAGCGCUCGCAGGCACAGCAGCAGCAGCAGCAAGGGGCAUAG